GAGGAGGAGGCGGACGCCGAGCGGAGGCGCCGGCGCCGGGGGGCGCAGCCAGGGACUGGCAGUAGCGCUUGCUGCGGGACGCGGGGCGCGGGGGGCGCUGGAGUCGUGUCCGCCGACGAAGAGGUGCAGACGUUGUCCGGCAGCGUGAGGCGGGUCCCGUCCGGACUCCCCAGCAUCCCCAGCACCCCGGGCUGCGCAGCCGCUGCCAAGGGCCCCGGUGCGCCGCAGCCCAAACCCGCCAGCCUGGGCCGAGGGCGGGGGGCAGCCGCUGCCAUCCUGAGCUUGGGUAACGUGCUCAACUAUCUGGACAGGUACACCGUGGCAGGUGUUCUUCUGGACAUCCAGCAGCACUUUGGGGUCAAGGACCGGGGCGCCGGCUUGCUGCAAUCAGUGUUCAUCUGCAGCUUCAUGGUGGCUGCCCCCAUCUUCGGCUACCUGGGUGACCGAUUCAAUAGGAAGGUGAUCCUCAGCUGUGGCAUCUUCUUCUGGUCGGCCGUCACCUUCUCUAGCUCUUUCAUUCCUCAGCAGCACUUCUGGCUGCUGGUCCUGUCCCGAGGGUUAGUAGGUAUCGGUGAAGCCAGCUACUCCACCAUAGCACCCACCAUCAUCGGUGACUUGUUUACCAAGAACACCCGCACGCUUAUGCUCUCGGUCUUCUAUUUUGCCAUCCCACUGGGCAGUGGCCUGGGCUACAUCACAGGUUCCAGCGUGAAGCAGGCAGCUGGAGACUGGCAUUGGGCCCUGAGGGUAUCCCCUGUCCUGGGCAUGAUCACAGGAACACUCAUCCUCAUCCUGGUCCCAGCCACUAAGAGAGGCCAUGCUGAUCAACUUGGGGGGCAGCUGAAAGCACGGACCUCGUGGCUCCGAGACAUGAAGGCUCUGAUCCGAAACCGCAGUUACGUCUUUUCCUCCCUGGCCACAUCUGCCGUGUCCUUCGCCACAGGAGCCCUAGGCAUGUGGAUUCCUCUCUAUCUGCACCGUGCUCAAGUUGUACAAAAGACAGCAGAGACGUGCAACAGCCCACCCUGCGGAGCCAAAGACAGCCUCAUCUUUGGGGCCAUUACCUGCUUUACUGGCUUUCUGGGCGUGGUCACAGGUGCGGGAGCCACUCGCUGGUGCCGCCUGCGGACUCAGCGUGCUGACCCACUGGUGUGUGCUGUGGGCAUGCUGGGAUCUGCCAUCUUCAUCUGCCUCAUCUUUGUGGCUGCCAAGACCAGCAUUGUGGGCGCUUAUAUCUGCAUCUUUGUUGGGGAGACACUGCUGUUUUCUAACUGGGCCAUCACUGCAGACAUCCUCAUGUACGUGGUCAUCCCUACCCGACGAGCCACUGCUGUGGCCUUGCAGAGCUUCACCUCCCAUCUGCUGGGGGAUGCUGGAAGCCCCUACCUCAUUGGCUUUAUCUCGGACCUUAUCCGCCAGAGCACCAAGGACUCCCCGCUCUGGGAGUUUCUGAGCCUGGGCUAUGCCCUCAUGCUGUGCCCUUUUGUUGUGGUCCUAGGUGGCAUGUUCUUCCUUGCCACUGCUCUCUUCUUCCUCAGCGACCGUGCCAAGGCUGAACAGCAGGCUUUCCCACCUCCCCCUGGGGCUGACGAGGUCCCUGCCCAGCGCCUCCGGUCUACCGGCCCCAGUGAAGCGAUGUGCCAGAGCCGUGCCUGGGCCCAGUCCCCGCUGAUGCGCCACCCUGACCCCCGCCCGUCUCUCCCUCAGGGUGAACCAGCUGGUGAUGCCGCCUGCAUCCGUGAAAGUCUGAGAUGGUGCAGCUGGGACAGCAAUGAUCUGCAGUGUAGAUUGGGAGAGGUCCUCCAGCAUCCUGGACCUGCAGGACUGUCCCAAAGCUACCCGUGUGAUUCACAGCUGAGUACUCACCCUCUUUGGCCCAGGACUGAGUGGCCCUAUCUUGAAGAAGAAGCUGCAUCCUCAGUUAACAUGGAGGGCUGUGUGUGCUGGAGCCACUCAGUUGAACACAAUUCAAGACCUGGUUGGGGGCUGAAGGUCCAAGAGAGAAACCAGCCUGCACUGGGUAUUUGGGGAAAGCCUGGCCCGUCCUCAGCUCAUAUGAUCUUGAGAGAGCCCCUAUCCUCCCUAGACAGUGGGGCCAAGGAGCUGGAGCUUCCUUCAUUGUGUGCCUUGCAAGGCACCCUCCAUGGCUUUGAAGAAACAAGUCCUAGACUGUACACAGAAGACAUGGCCCAAGUCUCAGGCCCUCAGUUCUGGUUCUGAGGUCCCCCACAAAGGCUCUGGUGUAUGAGGACCAUUUCCCCAUCCUUAGGCUCUGACCUGGGGGCCAUCAAAUUCAGCCUGACACAUGGAGCUGGGUGCUCCCUGGCUGGGACAGUCACCCUGGAGAAUAGGUAACUGCCUCUGCGGUCUUCAGCUGGUUCUUUGCCCAGUUUUUCCCAGGUGGGACCAUCCCUUAUUAGAGGAAGCUGCAGCACUAGGGGUGAAGGCCCUACUCCCUCCCCCCACAACUCCUGCUGUACCCCAGAAGCCACCCCCCCUUACAGGAUGAUCAGAUUUGGCUGCAGAAAGCUGUACCUAGCAGCUGUCCACAUUGCUUCUUGGCCUAGGGUAUGAACUGCUGGAGAUUGCCCACCAGUGCCUGUAGGUAUCAUACCCCAACUGCCUGUGUUGGGGGGGGGGCCUUCACCUCAGCCUUUCAUCACCUACACACAGACAACCCUUCAUUCCCCUGCAGUCACCUUAGGACACUUAUCCCCAGCUUCACUCCUUGCACACCAAGGUGGCUCUGGUCCUGGGGUACCAUUGUAACCUACAGGAAAUGUCCAGAACCAGCUUGGACAACAGUUCUCGUGGCCAUCCCCCACUUGCUGGCUGUGGCUUCAAUGGUGUUAGUGGUACCCACCCCACCCAAGCUCUGGGGCAUCCUGGGGGUUUGGAUGUGGGUGGGCAGAGGGUGCUAUCCCUUAUGACCAGCCUGGCUCCCACCCUAACCCCAGCAGGGGCCCCAGCAAUGUUUUCUUGUUGUACAAGAACCAGGUCCAAGUGUUGCCUCCUCUUCCUUCCGGAAGCUGAACCGCUCCUUUAUUUUUUAGAGCUGCUGAUUGUGAAUCUCAGAGUCUUAAGAGAGAAGCCAAAUAUAUAUUCCUCUUGUAAAUGAAGAAAUAAACCUAUUUAAAUGUUUUGGUGGCUCUCCAUUGAAACAGCCUGGGGAGGGACAGAACUGAGUAUCUAAGCCUGAAGCCAGGCCUGCAGUAGAUGGAC